AAGCGCUUCUCUUUUACAACGGUACCAAGUUCUUUCCGCCACGCAAUGCGGUGGCCACAACGAUCUUGUGUCCCAUACCGCGGAUUCGUGGGAGACCUCGGGCCAUGGCCGAGCAAUGUUUCGAGUUGCAUAUCACUUUCAUUUGAAACUACAGGAUUCGACCAGCACAGUCUCGGAUAUCUGUGGACGGGGGACCAUGGAAUCGACCUAGCCGCGCACGUGUUGUUCGCAGCUGACGAAAGUCACCAUCAGUCAAGUACACUGGUGCUCCCGGACAAAUCACUCCAUGACUCCAACUAGAGAUGUAAUGCACGAUACCGAUGACUAAAAUACAACGACCUACCCUACAUCAUCUGCAUACAUAGCACGAUCAGUAUGAAUCCGACCUCAUCGGCCCAGGGCUCGUCCGAUGAGUCCACCCAAACACGCGCUUCAGCAUGGAGCCCUGCCGCGAUGGCUGCGGUCGCAUCGGCCCCCGCGCCGCAUUCAGUGGGGACGGUCCUGGAUACCCCGGCCCGUGGCCGUAGCCGUACAUCGGUAGCGCGUGCGGCGAGUAUCCGUAAGCUGCGCCAUGGCGAGGGGACGGUGCUGCAUAUAAUGGCGCGCCCGAAGGCGCCACCGGUGCCGAUGCGGGUGGGGGGCCAGCGUAAGGCAGCGAAUUCGAGCGGACGGGGUGUCCGUGUGUUGCGGCCAUCGGGGGUUGCCCGACGGAGUGUGAUCGCACCGGACUCGGACGCGAGUGCGGCGGAGGCGGCGGUCGUGCUAGGGUGUGCGAAGGAGGGGGCAGGCUUUGUGACGAAGAGCGCGUUCGUCUCGGCUCGGGUGGAGCACUGUAGUAUUGGUUUUGCGCGUAGUAAGGCUGGACGGAUGAGGGGUAGUAUUGGUGGGGGUGGCCUGGCACAGGCGUAGAGACGGGGCCACCGCCAAUGUAUGGAUCCUGGGGGAUGAGGAGGGGAGGUGGCGGCGUCCGCCGUCGUCGAUCGCGUCGCGUGACGUCUUCUUUCAAUGCACUCCGGUCGCGGUCUCUCCUGCUGUCCCGCCUCUUGGGACCGGGUACGAUCCCCGGCAUGGGUAGCGGUGCCACUGCGGAGGCUAGCGCAGGAGUCUGCGGCGUGAACGGAUCGGAUUGGGGGGUGCGAUUCGUCUUUUCUGCCCAGCGCGAGAUGCGCGCCUGGGUCUCCAUGAAUCGAUUGUAGCCCUCCUCGCUGUAGUCGUAUUCAGUCAUUUUGCAGGGGCGAGAAGGAGAGAAGGGAUGGGAGGAUGUGGAGGGUCUUAA